AAUCCAACAACACGUACGAUGAACUGUCCUGUGUUAAACAAUUGUCCAAAUCCAACUGGAAAUAUUGCACAUUCUGGGCCUGCAAUUAACAACACUAGCAGUACGGUUCUGACAUUGAUAUCAGUUAUAACCUACCUCAAGUGGACAUCUGUUUGUGUUGUCUUUGAUAAUGAUACCGAAUAUGAGGCAAUAGAUUUACAAAAUAGUUUAUCAACUAUUGGAAUAUUCGCUGUGUUGUACAGAAUGGAAGAAGUGACUUCGUUUAACAUAGAUGCACUUUCACAAAAUGAACCUAACAGUGAUCCUGACAGAUUGAAUUUUACUGUAUUAUGCCGUCUUAGUUCUUGUCAGUCAUUUCUAGAAAAGCCUUUUGAUGUUGGACGGAAAAAUAUUUGGAGGAGUUCCUUACUCUAUUUUUCCAGUUGGUUAGUUGGUAUAUUCGACACAGGAAACUUGACGAUCCUCGAAAGUAAUAUUAGUUGUCCAUUUGAUAAUAUAGCUAUAAUAAAAUAUCCAACAGUAAUGUUGAAAAGUGAAAGUGAGCAUCAACGACAAGUGGUUAAAGAUACUGCUGAUGAUUGUGAAUGGUUACCAAUCCAAACGAUAGUAUGGCAUAAACCAGGGCGUGGUUUAGUACAGGUUGGAUUUGUUCAUUUAAAUGGAAGCUUAAUCAAAGUAAAAGAGAUGUUUCCAAAUGUGAGAUACGGUUAUAAUCAAAGAAAACUUCUUGUUAGCACCCUACCAUGGCCACCAUUUGUAAUACUGGAUAAUAAAACAAAACAGUAUAGUGGAAUAACAAUUGAAUUGCUGAAACAACUUUCUUACAAUCUGAAUUUUACAUAUGAAAUUAUCCCACCACCAGACGGGAAAUGGGGUGUAGGAUCUGAUAACAACACGUGGAAUGGAAUGAUUGGACAACUACAGCGCAGAGAAAUAGAUAUGAUAGCAGCACCUUUGGGUGUCCAGUCUCAUAGGGAAACAGUUAUGGAUUUCACCCAUCCAUAUUACUACGAGUUUUCUGCUAUCCUAAUGAAGAAACCUAAUCCAAAUGAUACACGUUGGACAACAUUACUUGAUCCUUUUAGUCCAACUGUAUUAAUGUACAUUGGAAUUUCAUUACCAGUUGUAUCGCUUUUCCUGGUUGUAUUCGAGAAGUAUAAUCCGUUUUACGGCUACGUACAGAACCGAAUGAAGACAAGAGGACUCCACCAUUUCUCAGAUUCAUUUUGGUAUAUGUAUGGUGCAUUGCUGACUCAAGGCGGAGAACAUAUUGCCAGGUCUUCGGCUGGACGAACACUCUUAAGUUUCUGGUGGCUUUUUUGUAUUAUAAUGGUAGCAACGUACAGUGGAAACUUUGUUGCCUUUCUAACAGUCUCCAAAACUAAAUUACCGUUUACGGAUCUUGAAGGACUGGUUGCUCAGAGUUCAUAUAAAUGGGGCACGGCAGGGGCAACGAUAUAUGAAACCAUUUUCAAGAAUUCUGAGUUACCAGAAAGAAAGGAACUUUGGUAUGGAAUUAUAAAAUAUAAUGCGACUGACCCGUCCGUAUUAAGUAGUGAUCCUGGAGUUCAUGUUUCAAAGGUUCUAAAAGGAGAAUACGCUUAUGUUGCUGACAAAACAUUCAUGGAUCUUGCAAUGACGAACAACUGUGAUUUGGCCAUUGCUACAUCCGAUAUUUUACCUGUCCAGUAUGCUAUUGGUCUCCCUAAUAAUUCUCCAUUUGUUCAGAUGUUCUCUGAUGAAAUAAUUGCUAUACUUGAAAGUGGUCUUAUUCAAAUCUGGAUGAUGCAGAUCUGGCCUAGAAAUGGGGUUUGUCAGAAAAUGUCUGUCACAGAAGCGAAGACUAUUGAAUUACUUGACAUACAAAUCGGAUUUUAUUUAAUAGGAUUAGGUGUUGGUCUAGCUUGUUUAUCGCUUCUGUACGAAUUUCUCAGGAACAAAUGUUGUCAAUGGCUACGACGAAGUGGGCGAAUGCAGAGAAGAAGUCCAGUUCAAUAUAUGGGAACAAGGCCAAAUAUAGAAGACUUCUUUUCAGCAAAUUGUAAUGAUUCGCCAAUAAAUCGAGCUAUUUCACAACAAAUUGGCAACAGUUGGUCACAUAACAGACACAAUGAAUCAAAUGUGGUUACUGCUUCACAUGACAGACAAAAUGAAUCAAAUGGUAUUACUGUUUCAUAUCAUAGACAUAAUGAAUCAAACGGGUUUAAUGUUUCCAAUGACAGACACAAUGACUCAGAUCUGUUCACUGUUUCACCAAGUAUAGACGUGUAUGCAUUAGAUGGACUAUUCGAAUAACAAAAAAAAUACUUUUAGCAAACAACCCGUAGCAAUAGUCUUCGC